GGUUUGUAACGUGACGGGAGGACGCACUGUAAACGCGUAGUGACGUACUCAACGCUCGGCUCCACUGGCUGUUUAUUGUUGGAGCAGUUGCAUUGACCAGGAUGCUAAAACUACGCUGUAAGACCAAAAAUGGGAGCCACAUAAUGCAAGGCUUGACUCACCAAUCAUGUGUGCAAGAAUUGAAGAGCAAAGUGGAGGAGCUCACUGGCAUACCGUGUGAUGUGCAGAAAAUAAUGGUUGGUUACCCUCCCUCCAGCCUGGAUCUUCGAAAUGGAGAUGCUCACCUCAAAGAUUACCCCAUCAAAUCAGGAGACACACUGAUUGUUGAAGAAGAGAAGAACAAACCAAAACCUCAGGAUAAUUCCACUGUGAAUAAACCCCCUCGCCUGGACGCCUCUCCUCUACUGGCCCGCAGAGUAGUGCCCGCAGACAACUCCUGCCUCUUCACCAGUGUGUAUUAUGUGGUGGAAGGGGGCAUGUACGACCCCGCUUGUGCCCCUGAAAUGCGUCGCCUUAUUGCUCAGAUUGUGUCCAGUGACCCUGACAUGUACUCUGAAGCAGUCCUGGGCAAGACCAAUGACGAGUACUGCACCUGGAUUAAACGUGACGACACUUGGGGCGGGGCCAUUGAGGUGUCUAUAAUGUCCAAGUUUUACCAGUGUGAGAUCUGCGUGGUGGAUACUCAGACUGUGCGCGUGGACAGAUUUGGCGAGGACGCUGGAUAUAACAAACGCGUGCUGCUAAUCUAUGACGGCAUCCACUACGACCCUCUACAGAAAGAAACGCCCGGCUCAGAUGCCCCACCCCAGACUAUCUUCUCGACCACAGAUGAUGUAAUCCUUGCACAAGCCCUCGAGCUGGCAGACGAAGCUCGCCGCAAGCGCCAGUUCACGGACGUUAACCGCUUUUCCCUGCGCUGCAUGGUGUGUCAGACAGGCCUGGUGGGGCAGAAGGAAGCGCGUGAGCAUGCCAAGGAAACAGGCCACACCAACUUUGGGGAGGUGUGAAGCACCCUUUAGUUUUGAAUACAACCGCCACUAACUCUAUGUCGACGUGUGACAGUUUUUAAGAUCCGUUUGCUUGUGUGAUCCUCUACCUCACAUUGUUCACUGAAAUUGCAGACAGUGUUCAGCCUCUGGCCUGUUCAGUAUUCUACAUUAUUACAAAUAAAUUAGCAAAACCCCAUCACCAGUAUUUUGUUAUAAGACAUAACGAUCAUGGAAUCUUCUCAAGAACUAAUUGUUCUUUUUCAGACUGAUUAAAUACUGGAAGUGACAAGUGACAUCUCACUUUACGUAGGGACAGUUAUCUAGCACAGUCAUUUAAGUCUUCUACUGCUCAAUAUAAUACAGAAUAAUGUUUUUUUUAAAUUAAUAAUUAGCAUAAAAAAGAAUAGAGGAAACAUUUGCUGUCAUGCAAAAACUGUAUUGUUGCAUCCCAAGUUUAAAUACACGCACAAGUCUUUAACCCAUCAGUAGGGUAUACCUUUUAUUGGUUGUCAUCUUGACAACUAGGUGACUAGUUUUCAAACAGAUUUAACUCUGCAGCAGUGCAUACUUUACAUGAUAGCUUUUAAAAAAAAUAAUGGUGCUUUAUACAUUUUGUAUUACUUUUUGGAAUAAGUAGGCCUUUCAUUUUUAGGCUUUCAACAACCAUCCAUUUCUUUACUAGUGAAAUAUUUCUCUUACAUUGUCAUGAAAAAUUACAUUGACUUCUCAGUGAUAUUGUUAUAACUCAGUACACAACUAUGACUUUUGCUUGUUGGUGAAUACAGUUAUUAGUAGUAGUAUGUUGAGUGUCCAGUAUUUUGGUCUUAAACAAAGCAUGUUCACCUAACUACAACUGGCCUUGACAACACUGCAACGUGCACUUAAAAUCACAACUAUUUAAUAAUGCUUGGGUGUCAUCAUGAUAAUGUACAGUACACUGCUGCCUCACCAUGUGCAUAAGUGUGUGUGUGUGUGUGUGCUGCCAAAAAUGUAAUGAUUUUGAGUGGUGAUGAGUGAAUAAAAUGAUACAUUUUUAAUUUGAAUGUGAACUAUAAACUAUACAAGUUCUCUAUUCUGUUACUAAAGUUGUUUUCGUAUAAUGGUUUGAUUAUUACAACUCAAGGCUGUGGAAAAUGACAGACAAUAACAAUGAAUGUUCAACACAGAGCACUACAAAACCACUGGAGUUACUUAUUCUGUCUUAUUAAAAGCUAUAGCAAGUGG